AUGGCUGCACUCUCCAAACGGAUCCUCAAGGAAACAGAACGGUUGGUGAGUGAUCCUGUUCCUGGAAUAACAGCAACACCAUCAGAGGACAAUCUUCGGUAUUUUGAAGUGACUAUAGAUGGCCCCAACCAAUCACCGUAUGCCAGCGGCAUAUUCCACCUCGAACUCUACUUACCAGAUGACUACCCAAUGUGCGCGCCAAAAGUGCGUUUUCUCACAAGGAUAUACCACCCAAAUAUAGACAAGUUGGGGAGAAUAUGUCUCGACGUGCUCAAGGAUAACUGGUCGCCCGCGCUACAGAUCCGCACAAUCUUGUUGAGCAUACAGGCAUUGCUAGGUGCACCCAAUCCUGAUGACCCAUUGGCAAACGAUGUUGCUGAAGACUGGAAGAGGGAUGAGAAGAAGGCCAUAGAGGUGGCUAAGGAGUGGACAAACAUGUAUGCUGAAAAGAAAAAAUUAGCAUAA